GUUUCUACACGAACGUGUGAUUGAGACUCACAUAUAUCAGUUAAGCUGCAGCAGAGCCGCUGAUUAUCUGAUGCUCUGCUCCACACACUUGAAAGGGGCUUUGAAAGUGAACGUGAAGUUAGCACAGCCGCCGUUCACAAGCGAAAAUGGGAGUUGGGGAUGGACGGGACCAGUACGAGCUGGCGGCAACGUCAGAGCAAGGAGGAAAGAAAAAGAACAAAAACAAGAAAAAGGAAAAAGAUAUGGAUGAGCUAAAAAAGGAAGUAAAUUUGGAUGAUCACAAACUGACUUUGGAAGAGCUCCACCGUAAAUAUGGCACAGACUUGAGCAGGGGUCUCACAAGCGCCCGUGUAGCAGAGAUUCUGGCCCGUGAUGGACCUAAUGCCCUUACUCCACCUCCAACCACCCCAGAGUGGGUGAAGUUCUGUAAGCAGAUGUUUGGUGGUUUCUCCAUGCUGUUGUGGACUGGUGCCGUUCUCUGCUUUCUUGCAUAUGGCAUUCAGGCGGCAAUGGAAGAUGAGCCAGCUAAUGACAAUCUGUAUUUGGGAGUUGUGCUAUCAGCUGUGGUGAUCGUCACUGGAUGUUUCUCAUACUAUCAAGAGGCUAAGAGCUCAAAAAUUAUGGACUCUUUCAAGAAUUUGGUUCCCCAGCAAGCAUUGGUUGUCCGUGAUGGUGAGAAGAAUCAUAUCAACGCUGAAGAGGUGGUGGUUGGUGAUCUGGUGGAGGUAAAAGGUGGUGACAGGAUCCCUGCUGACCUGAGAAUCAUAGCCUCACAUGGCUGCAAGGUGGAUAACUCCUCUCUGACUGGAGAAUCAGAGCCUCAGACACGGUCCCCAGAUUUCUCAAAUGAUAAUCCUCUAGAGACCAGGAAUAUUGCUUUCUUCUCCACCAACUGUGUAGAAGGUACUGCACGUGGCAUCGUCAUUAGCACCGGAGACCGUACUGUAAUGGGCCGAAUCGCAACACUUGCGUCUGGACUAGAGGUUGGGCGCACCCCCAUCUCCAUUGAGAUCGAGCACUUCAUCCACAUCAUCACAGGCGUGGCUGUCUUCCUGGGCGUCUCUUUCUUUAUUCUGUCUCUCGUUCUUGGUUACUCCUGGCUGGAGGCUGUUAUCUUUCUUAUUGGCAUCAUUGUGGCCAAUGUGCCUGAAGGUCUUCUCGCUACAGUCACGGUUUGUCUCACCCUCACAGCUAAACGCAUGGCUAAGAAAAACUGUUUGGUUAAGAACCUUGAGGCUGUUGAAACGCUGGGCUCAACCUCAACCAUCUGUUCCGAUAAAACUGGCACAUUAACGCAGAAUCGCAUGACCGUAGCCCACAUGUGGUUUGAUAACCAGAUCCAUGAGGCUGACACCACAGAGAAUCAGAGCGGGACCUCCUUUGACCGCAGCUCGGCCACCUGGGCAUCAUUGGCUCGUAUUGCUGGGCUCUGCAACAGGGCUGUGUUCCUGGCAGAACAGACAGAUGUGCCAAUUCUGAAGAGAGAUGUUGCUGGUGAUGCGUCUGAAUCUGCUCUUCUGAAAUGCAUUGAGCUUUGCUGUGGAUCAGUGAAAGAAAUAAGAGACAAGUACACCAAAGUGGCAGAAAUCCCUUUCAACUCUACAAACAAAUAUCAGCUGUCAGUGCACAAGAACCCAAAUGGUGGCACAGAGUCUAAACACCUGCUGGUGAUGAAAGGAGCCCCAGAGAGAAUCCUGGACCGCUGUGCCACUAUAUUGAUCCAAGGGAAGGAGCAACCUUUGGAUGAUGAAAUGAAAGAAGCCUUUCAGAAUGCUUAUCUGGAGCUUGGGGGCCUUGGAGAAAGAGUUUUAGGAUUCUGUCAUUUCUACCUCCCUGAUGAACAGUUUCCCGAAGGCUUCCAGUUUGAUACUGAAGAUGUGAAUUUCCCUACUGAGAAUCUGUGCUUUGUGGGUCUCAUGUCAAUGAUCGACCCUCCACGUGCUGCUGUACCUGAUGCUGUGGGCAAAUGCAGAAGUGCAGGAAUCAAGGUUAUCAUGGUAACUGGUGACCAUCCAAUCACUGCCAAAGCCAUAGCAAAGGGUGUUGGGAUUAUUUCUGAGGGUAAUGAGACUGUGGAAGACAUUGCUGCUCGCUUGAAUAUCCCUGUCAAUGAGGUCAAUCCCAGAGAUGCAAAGGCCUGUGUGGUUCACGGUGGAGACCUGAAGGACCUCACAGCUGAACAGUUAGAUGAUAUUCUGAAGUACCACACAGAAAUUGUGUUCGCCAGAACGUCCCCACAGCAGAAACUUAUUAUUGUUGAAGGUUGUCAACGUCAGGGAGCCAUUGUGGCUGUAACAGGGGAUGGUGUGAAUGAUUCUCCAGCACUGAAGAAGGCCGAUAUUGGUGUUGCUAUGGGCAUUGCUGGCUCAGACGUGUCCAAACAGGCUGCUGACAUGAUCCUCCUGGAUGACAACUUUGCGUCAAUUGUCACAGGUGUAGAGGAAGGCCGGCUGAUCUUUGACAACUUGAAGAAGUCCAUUGCUUACACCCUGACCAGUAACAUCCCUGAGAUCACACCCUUCCUGUUCUUCAUUAUCGCCAACAUCCCCUUACCUCUAGGAACUGUUACCAUUCUGUGUAUCGACCUGGGAACAGACAUGGCCCCUGCUAUUUCUCUGGCAUACGAGGCUGCUGAGAGUGAUAUCAUGAAGAGACAGCCCAGAAACCCUAAAACAGACAAGUUGGUGAAUGAAAGACUUAUUAGCAUUGCAUAUGGACAGAUAGGUAUGAUUCAGGCUCUGGCUGGAUUUUUCACAUACUUUGUCAUUCUCGCUGAGAAUGGCUUUUUACCAUCAAGAUUACUAGGAAUUCGUGUAUUUUGGGAUGACAAGCAUAUUAAUGACCUGGAGGACAGUUAUGGGCAACAAUGGACAUAUGAACAGAGAAAGAUUGUGGAGUUCACUUGCCACACAGCAUUCUUCGCCAGCAUUGUGAUCGUGCAGUGGGCCGAUCUGAUUAUCUGCAAGACCAGGCGUAAUUCUGUCUUCCAGCAGGGAAUGAAGAACAAAAUCUUGAUCUUUGGAUUGUUUGAGGAAACAGCACUGGCGGCUUUCUUGUCUUAUUGCCCUGGCAUGGAUGUGGCUCUCAGAAUGUACCCACUCAAGCUCAAUUGGUGGUUCUGUGCCCUCCCGUAUUCUCUUCUCAUCUUUAUUUAUGAUGAAAUCAGAAAGCUCAUCCUUAGACGGAACCCCGGAGGUUGGGUGGAAAGAGAGACAUACUACUAGACCAUCAUGUUAGCACUUCUUCUUUGUGUUAUCUUUGUGGUGUAACAGUAGUUUUGCUGUUCUGAAUUUAACCUAUACAUUUUAAAAUAUUUUUAUAUAGAAUGAUUGUAGUACUAAGAUUCUGCUGACAUGCUAAAUAUAGACUUGAAAAAGUUUUUAAUUGUGUAAUUUGAAUAAACUGUGUCAACUUCACAAAAAUGUGGUCUCAUUUAAUAACUUACUGCCUUGUAGGUCAGAGUUUUUUUGUUUUUUUGUACUUACAUGUCAGUUAUCUUGUUAGUAUGGUAAGAUUUAUGGACUUAUUAAUGUGCCAGUGAUGUUUUUGUUCAGGUUAUAAGUGAUGACUACAUUUCCAAGUGUAAUUCACAUAAGAAAGUUAACUUAUACUUGUGUAUCUAUUCUUAAUAUUUAUAAAUGUUUUUAAGAAACAGAAUAUACUUAGCAGCGGUGUAAAAAAAUAAGAGACAUAACAAGGAUAGGUAAAGUUGCUUGUUAUAUAGUUAGUACUAGAAUGUGUGUGUGUGUGUGUGUGUGUUUAUUUGCUCACUGGAUGGUUCUUUUGAGAUGGCUAAGAGCCUAGUAACCCAGAAGAAUAGAAUCAUGUUGGCAUGGAUACACAGCAGUAGCCCUAAACUAUUUCAUUCAGAAUUAAAGGAACAGAAUGUGCCUGUGUUUCCUCUCCAUCCUUAUUCAUUUAGAGCCCUUUGGAAUGUUAAGCCACUCUUCUUUUUGUUGUCUUCUGCAGUGGUGUUCCCAUUGAUUUGGCAUAACACACACACUAACACCGAAACGAACCACUCAUUUUACCACGUAAGAUGCUACUUUUUUCUUCUAAAUUGUGACUGUAUUGUGUACCGUAUGAUUAGUUUUGGGCAUGAGCAAUAUGAAAGGGCAGUGAUACAUGUCCCCUUUCCACUUCUAAAUCAAUACUUUGUCAUCAUUCA